AUGGCCGGCCUUUGUGCCCUUGGACUUGCAACUACAGUAUCGCAUCUACCAUGCCCGAAGCCUGCGUCUGAAAACACGAACUGUGCGCGCGGCGCUCCGACGCAUCUCCCGCCGCGCAACCCGACGACGCGCCCAACCCUAUCUCUCACCCUCAUAAGCGAUUCAUCCGGCCUCGGAACAAUGCCAAAGGCAAUCUCAAGGGCCUCCAGCGGGAUUUCAAAGCGGUAUAUAUCCCUGUUGAUCCCCUACUAUCGACCGGACGACGUAAUAAGCGACAGUUCGCAGCCUUUCGCCUCGACGACGGCGAUCUUCUCCUGGUACUAG